GAAAAAACCGAACUGCGUUGCUAACUUCAGUCGGUUUGUAUUUGUGUAAUUCGUUCGAUUAUCUGUAAAUUACUCAUUUAAAAGUGAUUUCUUGUGAAAAAUGAAUACUUCGGCCCCCAUGUUAUUUGCGUGUUCGAAAUGUUUUGCACGGCAUCCUUUCGAAGAACUAUCCUCUGGUCAGCAGCUGUGCAAGGAAUGUCGUGGAGCAUUUCCCGUGGUAAAAUGCACAUAUUGUCGAUCUGAAUUUCAACAAACAACUAAGGGAAGCACAAGUACAAUUUGUAAAAAGUGCGAGCAAAAUGUUAAAGCCUUUGGCAAACCAACUGCUUGUGAAUACUGUAAUAUAAUUGCCGCGUUCAUAGGCAAUAAAUGUCAGCGUUGCACCAAUUCUGAAAUUAAAUAUGGGCCUCCUGUCAACUGUGAACAGUGCAAACAGAAAUGUGCAUUUGAUCGUCAAGACGACGAUAAAAAGGUUGAUGGAAAGCUUUUGUGUUGGUUGUGCACGCUAUCUUUUAAGCGUGCGCUCGCCAAAACUAAACAGGGUGACGCCGAACGCAGAGCGCACCUAAAAAUGACUCAAAUGAGGCAAGCCAAAGAAAAACACAAGGAGGGAAAGCUGAGAGGACACAACAAGCGACCUCAUAGAUUGGAUGUAACGAAAAUUCCCGUCGCCGACAGCGAUAAUGGGCCUAGUAAUAAGAUAGCUAGAAAUAAUGCCGGGCCCGGUUUGGUUAGGGGGGAAUUAGAUCCGAAUAGUUCGGAUCAUGUCGUCGCUAUGACUCAGUUAAAAGAACAAAUUGCCAGUUUACAGAAGCAACUGAGCAACAAAGACAGCCAGUUGCUUGGGAAAGAUAAAAUGAUAACAGAGUUAAAGGCGAAACAUUUCACGACCGAGAACGAACUGAGAAAUAAGAUGAACGCCGCACAGAAACAGCACGACGAUAAAUGCCAGCAGUUGAAUUCAAAAAUCCAAUCAUUGCUGAAAGAGAUUGCGAGUCUCUCGAAAAUUAACAAACGCGAUCGCCUAUCAAUCGCCAGAGAGAACGCCAACAGUGGUAGCGGUACCGAUAGUCCCAGUACCCAAUAAAUCGAAUUUGUCUAAAUUUGUGUAAAUACUAUUCAAUUUUUUUAGAAUUAUGUGAAUUUUGAUUAUUGCGCACUCAUAGUAUUUAUUUGGCUAUUACAUUAGGGUUUAUGAGUCUGCGAAAUUGACCGGUCUUCGUGGCACCAGCGAUUAGAUUUAUUACUUUGGGUAGAGAAAGAUGAAGAGGUUGCCAGGUGACUUGCGGUAUCACUGUCAUAUGGUAAUGGAUGAUCAUAUUUGAUGGGAUUCGAAGUUUUGCAUCCAUCACGAAUGUGAACCAUCACUGCAUUGUACAAGGUAGUGAAUACUAUACUGAUAUCAAAAU